AUGAGAGACCAUUCUGCUGGCACCCCCAGGCCCAUGUACCAAGCUGGCAGCAAUGUGCCCAGCACUGGGAGAAAUGCAGUCAUGGAUCUUCAUCCAGCAGGCCUCACCUGCCUCUUUCCUUUCCUCCCCUACAGCUGCCACAAGCACAACUACAGCCAGCCCCAUCAUCUCUGCUCCUUCAGGUUGCAAGGUGGAUGCCAGAAUGACUAUAUUGAGAUCUAUGAUGGGCCACCCAAGUCUUCUCCUCUGCUUGGAAGAAUUUGUUCUAGUUCUCAUCUCACAUACACCUCAACUUCAAAUUUCAUGUCUGUGAGGUUUUACAGCGACUCCAGAUAUUCCAGUGGAAGUUUUAGGGCUCAGUAUCAGUCCUUUCCAGCCGACCAGAACACCACCCUUCUGUGCUUGCCAACCUACAUGUAUGCAGUGGUAGACAGACACUAUCUCCAGUCCCAGGGCUACUCAGUGGACAGCAUCAGCCUGGCAGACCCUCAGUGUGUACCACAAAUUACUUCAGCUGAGGUUAUAUUCAACAUUUCAUACAGCAGCUGUGGUACACAUAGACAGGGCAACAACGAAACAAUCACCUACUCCAACGUGAUAAAAGUGCCUGCUCCUGGCAAAGUCAUCAAGAGGCAAAAGGACCUUCACCUGCACAUCAGCUGCAAAAUGCUGCAGAACACCUGGGUUCAGGUCAUGUACAUUGCUGAUGACAUCAUCGAUGUCAUGUACAUUGCUGAUGACAUCAUCGAUGUCAACAAAACCCAGUAUGGCAGAUACGACGUGAGCCUGAUGUUCUACAACUCCUCAUCAUUCCAGUGGGCAGUCCAUGACUUCCCAUACUAUGUUGACCUGAAUCAGAAUUUGUACCUGGAAGCUUCUCUUCACAGCUCUGACCGAAAUCUGACCGUGUUUGUGGACACCUGCGUGGCAUCGCCUAAUUCUAGUGAUUUUAGAACACUGGUCUAUGAGUUGACCAAAAGUGGGUGUGCUAGUGAUCCUAGCUACGCUCUCUUCCCCUCGCCACGCGGCGAUGUCGCUCGGUUCGGGUUUAGCGCCUUCUCCUUCGUGAACCGCUUCCCGUCAGUGUUCCUGCGCUGCGAGCUGCUGGUGUGCAGGCACCACGACUACUCCUCCCGCUGCUACCAAGGCUGUGUGAGCAGGUUCAAGAGGAAUGCAGAUUCUUCCCACGAGCAAGUGAAUGUUGUUGUUGGACCCGUGCAGCUUCGGGAAGCUCACGCUGAGAGCAGGAACAUUGGGCUGGCCUCUGACAUCCAAAAGGCAAAAGGGGGGACUCUGAGCUCAGAGCCUGCUGGCAGCUCCCACCUUCCUCUGGCUGUGACCACCGUGGUGCUGGUAGCUGCUCUUCUCACAGCAGGAGGAUUUCUCUGGAAGAGGAAACUGCAGGAGGACAUCCCAUACCAGAAACUGUGAGAGGCAGCUCCAGGCAUGGAGGUGGAAGGACACUUUCACCAGCCACCUGCUUCAUUAUUUGGAUUUGCAAUCAGCGUGAAGGGCAGCUCUUACUUGGCUAUUCCACCAUCCAGACCAUGUUUGAAGAAUCAAGAUCACACCUGAUGUUACCAUGAACUGAAUUUAUAAAGCAACCUGAUUUUAAAACUUAAGGUGUAAAGAAGGAUUGAUUCUUUCAUCCCAGCAUCCAAAUAAGUAUCUUCAGUGCUGGACAUUUCAGAGCUUUUCUGUUGAACUCCUCAUUCAGUGUCUGUCUGAGACGACUGAAAUAGGUGACUUGAGAAACAAGAACUGAUUUAUUUGUCCCUUGCUGAUAUACAGAUGAAACACCUAUGUAGCACCAUAGACACACUGGGAAGUAGUACAAGAAAAAUGUUUCUUUGCAGUAAAAAAUCUCAAUAAUGAGCCAUAAGCAAAUAUGCUCAGCAGCUGCACAUGAAGAAUUAUUCCUGUACAGUGUUCCUGACUUUGGGAGAUUGAUUCUUCCCAAAUCCAUAUUUUCCUGAGUAAAUGUAGGCCACUUAUAUGAUUUUGUAUGGAGAAUUAAUAUAAUCCCAUUACAUAAAUGUGUAAUUAAAAACAACAGGAAAGAAAAUGUUUUUUUGAGCAAUACUUUUUU